UGAGUCACUGCAUGUGUCUGACAGACAGUCAGAAACGGAGCAGAGCAAAGGAGCAGAGGUGAUCUCACACUCAUCAGAACAGGAUAACACAACCAUGAUGGGUUGACUUUGGGGGGAGUGGUGGUUGGAGAGAGGAAGUGUGCAUACGCAACCACUUGCUGAGCUAUGGAGAAUAACAAAGUUCUUCAUUUUGUGCCUUCAGAGGGGCCUCCCUCUGGGAUGUCCAAGAAUGGAUACUUUUUUCAAGAAAUGGAGCAGCGGGAGGUGGAGCAGGAGGAGGGCAGCGAGGGCCGAGAGGAAGGACAGGACUCUCUGAUUGCCUGCGGAGAUGACAUCCACCUUUACGACAACCAGAUCAGCCCCGGGCCAGACACUGAUGAUUCUGGAUGUGUGCUGCUAAACACAUCACGAAGGUAUGUGAAACUGAUGAAUUUUGAAGAGGAGGUUCGGGCUCAUAGAGAUCUGGAUGGCUUCUUGGCAAGGGCUAGUAUCCUUCUGGAUGAGACAGCCGCAUCCCUGGAUGAUGUUCUCAAAAGGAUGUUGCACCAUGUGGGUCAGGACAGCCAUGCAUCAGAACCCAGCUGCAACUUCGAGGAGGUGAUGAGCAUGCUUUUCACUGAUGCAGGAGCACAGGAGGUCAACGACAAGUCUCAAAGUUUCGUUUUCUUUGAUGACGUCCACUUGCUGUCAGAGACGAUCCAAGGUGUUACAGCCACUGCAACCGGAGUCCAAUACCAGCAGUCCUGGCUUUGCAUCCUCUGCAAUGUGAAGAGUCUCCAGAGGCGUCACGUGUGCAUUUCCCGCCUGGAGAGGCCACAGAACUGGGGGGAGAACUGCUGCGAGGUGCGCUAUGUCAUCCUGAUACUAGCACCUCUCAAAAUGAAAAGCACCAAAACAGCAAUGGAGCUGGGCAGGACGUUUGGUACGAUGUUCUCCGACAUCUCCUUCAGGCAGAAGCUGCUUGAGACAAAGACGCAGGAGGAAUUUAAGGAGGCACUGGUUUUCCAAAGGCACCAGCUAACAGCAGCUAACCAGCAGCCCACCACUCUGGGAAAGGAGGAGACUGACCCCCGCAGUCUCAAACCCCUCAAGGUGGGCAGCAGCAGUCACUUGGAAUGCAAAGAUUUCUUCAAAGCUGGUCGGGGGAUUUAUGAGGACUUGUGUCGCAGGCUGCCUCUCUACCCCUCUGACUUCACAGAUGGAAUUGUUGGCAGUAAUAAAACUUUGCUGAAAUACAUGACCACAGCCAUCUUCCUAUACAUCGCCAUCCUCCUCCCUGCCAUUGCUUUCGGCUCCCUGAAUGAUGAAAGCACACGUGGCGAGAUUGAUGUCAGAAAGACCAUCAUCGGUCAGAGCAUUGGCGGGGUCAUCUACUCGUUGUUUGCGGGUUCGCCUCUAGUCAUCCCUCUAACCACAGCUCCUCUUGCCAUCUUCAUCAGCGUGAUCCGAGGUAUCUGUGAUGACUACAACCUGGACUUCCCAGCAUUCUAUGCCUGCAUUGGUCUGUGGAAUUGCCUCUUUCUCAUCCUGGGAGGGAUCUUCAAUGUCAGCCUGCUCAUGAAGCUCUUUAAAAGGUCUACAGAAGAGGUCAUUGCACUGUUCAUUUCCAUUGCAUUUGUGGUGGAUGCAGUCAAAGGCACAGUCAAAAUCUUUCACAAGUACUACCACGCACCAACGCUCUCAAAUGGAAGUAUAGAAGCUUUCCGCCAGUUGCCCAGCCAGGGUGGAAAUGUGACGUGGGUAAACAGGAGUGAGAUGGUGGCGGGGUUGACGCUCAAUGCGUUUCCAGAAUCCUUUAUCCAGUGCACUCGAGAGAGGCCUGUCCUCUGCCUUCUGCUGAUGAUGGGGACAUUAUGGAUGGGCUACACCCUCUACCAGUUUAAAAGGAGUCCGUUCCUGCAUGCCAAAGUGAGGGAGGUGCUGUCCGACUGUGCACUGCCAAUCUCUGUACUCAUGUUCUCCUUCAUCGGCUCCUACCUUUUCAAUGACAUUGAACUUCCAGUCUUUAAAGUUCAUGACCGGCCCAUCUUCAACGUGGCUCCAUUUGAACGUCUUUCGGCUAUGAACAUUGUCAGUGCAAUGGGCCUCGGCUUCCUCCUGGCCCUUCUCAUCUUCAUCGACCAGAACAUUGUUGUAUCACUGACCAAUGCACCAGAGAACAGGUUGCUGAAGGGCACAGCGUAUCACUGGGACCUGAUGCUCUCUGGGCUCAUUAACAUACUGAUGUCGGUGCUGGGGUUGCCCUGGAUGCACGCCGCCUUUCCCCACUCCACCCUCCAUGUGCGCCAGCUGGCUUUUGUGGAGCAACGCGUGGAGGGGGGCCACCUCUAUGAGACUAUCGUCCAGGUGAAGGAGACCAGGCUGACGUCUCUAGCAGCCAACAUCUUCAUCGGUGUGUCAGUGCUACUGCUGCCCCUCCCGCUGCAGUGGAUCCCCAAACCCGUCCUGUAUGGCCUCUUCCUCUACAUUGCCCUCACCUCCAUCGACGGAAACCAGAUGUGUGACCGCAUGGCUCUCCUCCUCAAGGAGCAGACGUCUUACCCACCUACCCACUACAUCCGCAAAGUGCCCCAGAGGAAGAUACACUACUUCACUUUCCUGCAGAUGAUGCAGCUGCUGGUGCUGUGUACCUUUGGCAUGUACCCAAUACCGUACAUGAAGAUGAUCUUUCCUCUGUUCAUGAUCCUGCUAAUUCCAAUCAGGAACAACUUGCUUCCUCAUAUAAUUGAGGCCAAAUACUUGGACAUAAUGGAUGCCCAACAUAUGUAGCUGCAGAUGGAGAUAAGCUCAGAGUUCCCCAAAAGACACCUGUAAUUUAAAUAAAUAAAUAAAUGUUGGGAAAAAGAAGCAUAUUUUUCAAUGCAAAACUGUAUAGAAGCAAAAAGGAGAAACAAACUUUUGAUUUUGUAUCUGAUGAGAACAUUCUUACAGGUGAGGCACUGGAAACAUGGGACAUUGUGUGUGUGUG